AUGACUGUGCGAUUCGCAAACCAUAGGCUUGCAUUUUAUGUUGCUGUAUUUGUGUUGUCGGGAACAGUUCUAGGUGUAUCGGCUUACUUUGCAAGCAUAUUUCUCCCGGGCCUACAUGCCGAUUUCACCAUUUUCUCAUUGAUCAUUUCGGCGUUGACGAUAUUCUCAUUACUACUCACGCUGCAAUGGGCACAACCGCGCACCGAGGUUCCGCUUGUAUUCAUCUUGGGUGCUCUAUGGCUUGCUAUGGGCGCAUGGUCGACAGAUGUUAUUGGCAACACGCAAUGUGAUACACUCGGUGGUGCACGAACCCCCACUAAAAACGGCGAUAUAUCCGCACAAGCCUACUGUCGAGAGGUUAAAGUCGUUCAGGCCUUCUCAUGGAUGGUCUUCGUCCUAUUCGUCUUCUGGUUCAUCAUCAUGAUCCAGCUCAUCAACCAAGCCCAACGAUUUGGUCGCUGGAGAAUCUGGGAAGAACCUAUCCGUGAAUUGGGGUGGUUUGGCGAGAUGCCCGGCUACUAUAACCAACACAAUGGCGCAGCUGCAUACCCCCAAGCCGGAUACAUUCCCUACGGGUACGGAUAUGGGUACCCUAUGGUUCAGCAACCCCAAGGUGGCCAGUCCAUUAUCAUCCAACCAGGCUCUAACGGCCAGCCUGCCACCGUCACCACAGUGCCGAUGAGCAGUGUCUGA